AUGCCUCCACCGCUACCAGUUCCUUUGCCAAAUCCACUCCCUCCACCGAUGCCGCCACCGCUGCCUGUUCCAAAGCCGCCUCCGACACCAGAUCCCAUGCCUCCGCCCACGCCACCGCCACUUCCAAAUCCGCCUCCUGAACCUCCUCCCCCAAAUCCUCCUCCAACACCACCACCACCUCCAAAACCACCACCUAUGCCACUACCAGCUCCAAAACCACCACCCGUGCCACCACCGUCUCCGAGACCUCCUCCUCCCCCAAGACCAUCUCCUAAACCGACACCUGCACCAGCGCCUCCCCCGAAGCCCAUUCCUGCACCGGAACCAGCUCCGACACCAAAUCCUCCACCACUUCCACCACCCAUGCCUCCACCAACGCCACCACCAAAACCACCACCCUUCCCUACACCGGUGCCUACGCCACCACCUGCACCGCCGCCAGCUCCAAAGCCUCCACCACUUCCACCGCCAAUGCCUCCACCAGAACCACCACCCAUACCACCCCCACCUCCAAAGCCUCCACCGCUUCCACCGCCAACGCCUACACCACUUCCACCGCCCAUGCCUCCGCCAACACCACCGCCCUUCCCUCCACCUGCACCGCCACCACCUCCAAAGCCUCCACCACUUCCACCGCCAAUGCCUCCACCAGAACCACCGCCCAUGCCUCCACCGACACCACCACUGAAACCACCGCCCUUCCCUCCACCUGCACCACCACCGAAACCACCGCCCUUCCCUCCACCUGCACCGCCGCCACCUCCAAAGCCUCCACCACUUCCACCACCAAUGCCUCCACCAGAACCGCCGCUGCCUCCAAAGCCUCCACCGCUACCGCCACCUAUACCACCUCCAGAACCGCCACCCAGGCCUCCUCCGGCUCCACCACCGGCACCACCUCCAAUGCCACCACCAAGACCAGUAUCAUCACCCAAGCCUCCUCCGGCGCCAACACCUGCACCGCCACCAAAUCCUCCUCCACCACCUGCUCCGCCUCCUCCUCCGCCUCCUCCUCCAAGUCCCCCACCACUGCCAAUGCCUCCACCAUCUCCUCCACCGGCUCCUCCUCCAAGCCCACCACCAGUGCCCAUUCCUCCACCGGUACCUCCUCCAAAUCCACCACCGGAACCCAUUCCGCCACCAGCUCCUCCUCCGAAUCCACCUCCACCGCUAGCACCCAUGCCACCUCCGGCUCCACCUCCACCUCCGAAACCACCUCCACCACCCAUGCCAGCGCCGCCACCACCACCAGCUCCUGCUCCACCUCCGAGUCCACCACCAGCACCUAAGCCAGCUCCUGCUCCGCCUCCGAGACCACCACCAGCACCUAACCCAGCUCCUUCGCCGCCUCCUACACCUCCUCCGCUUCCAAAACCUGCACCACCGCCCAUGCCACCGCCGGCGCCGCCGCCUACACCACCUCCUCCCCCAAAUCCUCCUCCGCCGCCCAUACCUCCGCCUCCACCAACACCACCGCCCGCUCCACCCCCUGCACCAACGCCACCACCCUUACCAUGCUUCUUCUUGUCGCAGCCCUUUGCUGCAACCAUGUCCGCGCUCCAGGGCACGGGCUCGCGCCAGGCGGCGGCGCUCGUCGCCCACCCAAGCGCCAGCAGCAGCAGACACGCCAUUGCCCGGCUCCCCAUCGAUCGGAACCGCGCCUUUCCAGCCGCGAGCUCACCCCUCGAUCAGUACACUAGCUACCUUCCUGUUCGCACGUACGGGCGAAUGGUGGUACUGCUCGCUCUGUGUGUGCUGGGGAAGCCGGAGGUCGCGGUAUUUAAACACCACGAACACCUACGCGCAUCGGCUUUGGAUUAA